ACGAAUGUGUCUAUAAUUUAUUUUUCAAUUUCAUGCAAAAGACAAAACAAUUUAAAUCAUUUUGUGAACGGGAGUAAUGCGAUGGGAAGUGAAAUACGAGCGUUUCCUUUAUUAUUUCAUGUUCUGGCACGCCCACAAUUCAUAUAAAAUAAACAGGUAUUGACAAAAGCUUGCAAAUCAAGGGAAAGCCCCCGGAAUUGUGCUUUUGUGCAGCACGCAUGUACUACUAUCACUAAGAAUUGAAAAUGGCUUUUCCGCCACGCUUCUGGUUUUAAGUUAUAUUUUAUGGCCGCGAUGAUUGGUUGGCAACUCCAUGAGCCAACCAUUUGGAAAUUCACCGUAAACAACACCUUCGCUUCUGAUUGGUGGACAAUUUAAACAAGGACAAGCAGUUAACAAUAGCAGACUGCCUUCUCCCUCGGAAAACUGGAUAUACCACCUGGCUAUUUCCAUAAAACAUGAAGUUUUGCUGCCCCACGUAUUAGUCCUAACACUGCUGCCGCCGAGAAAACAUCGCUCUCUUAAACCAAAAAAAAAAAAUACAAGGGAUUGUGCGGACGGACUGCUUAAACUGGACUGUGUGAAAUUUUAAACGACUUAAAUUCGCAAUGCCACGCCCACUGAAAAUGACCUACGGUGAUCAGAAGCCCCCAUACUCGUACAUAUCAUUAACGGCCAUGGCCAUUAUACAUUCGCCGCAAAGAUUGCUGCCGCUCAGUGAGAUAUAUCGAUUUAUUAUGGAGCAGUUCCCCUAUUACCGGAAAAACACCCAAAAAUGGCAGAACUCGUUGCGGCAUAAUUUGAGUUUCAACGAUUGUUUCAUCAAAGUGCCACGGAAUGUGACAAAAGCCGGAAAGGGAUCGUAUUGGACGCUCCAUCCCAUGGCCUUUGAUAUGUUCGAAAAUGGUAGUCUGCUGAGGCGACGCAAGCGUUUCCGUGUCAAACAGCUGGAAAAGGAUAUAUCGAAUUGGAAAUUAGCCGCCGCCAAUACAGAGAUGGUCAAUCACUAUCUGGACGACCAGUUGACCCAAAUGGCAUUUGCCGAUCCCUCAAGGAUUGCCGGUCAUAUACCCCCCAGCAACUAUGAUCUCGGAAAUACUUCAUCUGCUGCUCAAAUUCCUACCUAUAAGGCUGUCCCGACGACUGUUACCCAACUUCCAGUCCGUCCAAAGCGUGCUUUCACCAUCGAAAGUCUCAUAGCUCCGGAUCCGGAAGGAUUAGCGCAUAUGGAUUACGGAAGUCCCUCGGAAGCAAAAAAGCCGCCGCCCUUCAAUUUGCCAUUUAAUUUUAACGAACUCGCCGCGCAGUAUCACCUGUACUUUCCAAGUUUUUUAUACAACAGCCAAUAUGGCAAUAUACCUUGCUACCAGAAAACACCGCCGCUUUUUCAUAAUGGCCCGUUGCCGGUCUUUUGAUUCGAAAAGUGUUACCCAUAGUUAUGCCUAGAGCUUAAAAAAACGCUAUAUUUAAAAAACAUUACUCAUCAGUGGUCCUAUUAUUAUAAUUUAUGUUAUUUACUUGUGUACUCAUUUUAUUUAAACAACAAAACUGUAUUGUAACCCGUUGAAUUUAGAAGAUCUCUAAAGUCAAUAAAGAACUGCCCAUACCGUAA